CUCAAGACUGAUCUGAAACUCAGCCCCAAGGAAAGCCAGAUCUUGCUUGUCUCAAUAGCUGGUUUUAAUUUCCCCAUUCUGUCGUGGCUUGUUAAUAUUAGUUCUGACCUUUGGGGCAAGGUGAACACAUGGUUGGACUGAAGAGAAAAGGCUCAGGAACUCCUUUAGCACUACAACAGCUGAUAUUUCAACAGAGUGUACACUACACCCCUUAACAAGGGUGCUUCCUCAGCCUUCCCAGGAACCGACGAACAUCUCCAGGUUUCCUCUUUGAUGCCACCCACUGGACCUGCUUUGGGGGGUCUGUAAAUGCAAGAGAACUGAGUGUUGGAUAAUUAAGGAUGGAAGAAAAAACCUCUAAGAGAACAGCAUCCAUACCCCAGUUUACCAAUUCCCCAACGAUGGUGAUCAUGGUGGGUUUACCAGCUAGAGGCAAGACUUAUAUCUCCACGAAGCUCACACGAUAUCUUAAUUGGGUAGGAACACCAACUAAAGUGUUUAAUUUAGGCCAGUAUCGACGAGAGGCAGUGAGCUACAAGAACUACGAAUUCUUUCUCCCAGACAACAUGGAGGCCCUACUUAUCAGGAAGCAGUGUGCAUUGGCAGCCCUGAAGGAUGUUCAUAACUAUCUUAGCCAUGAGGAAGGUCAUGUUGCGGUUUUUGAUGCCACCAACACUACCAGAGAAAGACGGUCACUGAUUCUGCAGUUUGCAAAGGAACAUGGGUACAAGGUCUUUUUCAUUGAGUCUAUAUGUAAUGAUCCUGAUAUCAUUGCAGAAAACAUCAAGCAAGUGAAACUUGGCAGCCCUGAUUACAUAGACUGUGACCGAGAAAAAGUUCUGGAAGAUUUUCUAAAGAGAAUUGAAUGCUAUGAGGUCAACUAUCAACCCUUGGAUGAUGAAUUGGACAGCCACCUGUCCUACAUCAAGAUCUUCGAUGUGGGCACACGCUACAUGGUAAACCGAGUACAGGACCACAUCCAGAGCCGCACAGUCUACUAUCUCAUGAACAUCCAUGUCACACCACGCUCCAUAUACCUAUGCCGGCAUGGUGAGAGUGAACUCAACCUCAAAGGCCGCAUCGGAGGUGACUCUGGCCUCUCACCUCGGGGCAAGCAGUAUGCCUAUGCACUGGCCAACUUCAUUCAGUCCCAGUGUAUCAACUCCCUGAAAGUAUGGACCAGCCACAUGAAGAGGACCAUCCAGACAGCUGAAGCCCUGGGUGUCCCCUAUGAGCAGUGGAAGGCCCUGAAUGAGAUUGAUGCGGGUGUCUGUGAGGAGAUGACCUAUGAAGAAAUCCAAGAACACUACCCUGAAGAAUUUGCACUACGGGACCAAGAUAAAUAUCGUUACCGCUAUCCCAAAGGAGAGUCCUAUGAGGAUCUGGUUCAGCGUCUGGAGCCGGUUAUAAUGGAGCUAGAACGACAGGAAAAUGUAUUGGUGAUUUGCCACCAAGCUGUCAUGCGGUGCCUCUUGGCCUACUUCCUGGAUAAAAGUUCAGAUGAGCUUCCCUAUCUCAAGUGUCCUCUGCACACAGUGCUCAAACUCACACCUGUGGCUUAUGGCUGCAAAGUGGAGUCCAUCUACCUGAAUGUGGAGGCUGUGAACACACACCGAGAGAAGCCUGAGAAUGUGGACAUUUCCCGGGAACCUGAGGAAGCCCUGGACACUGUCCCUGCCCAUUAUUGAGAUCUUUCUGAGAUGUCAAACUGCUUCGGUCCUAUCUUCCACCUUUAGGAACUGCUGUCCUUGCUAUUCUCCUAUUUUGAGAAGAUUGUGGCUUUGGCCUCACUGGGAGAAGAAAUCCUCAGCAGCUCCCAAACAGGUCUCAGUUCCUAGCUACUACCAAGGAGCAACCUAGCUCUGGAUGAGGCUCUUUCUUAAUUCCUAUUCUCUGAUCAAUAAAGACUUCUCUUACUGCCUAUAGGAGGAUAGGAGAAGGUCAUAGGGAGACUUCUCCCAUUGUUUUCGAGAUUCUGAUCCUGACCCAGUUCUGGUGUUGUGGAUGUGGAAUGGGUGAGGAGUUCCUGAGAGUUUGGGGUAGUACCUGCAAAGAUGGGAGAAGAUAGGUCCCUGUGAGUGCUGGUGGAGCUUAUUCCUUGGUGGUUGAUGUAAAUGGGGGCAGGAUACCUUUAUCCCUAUUUUCAGAGAAGAACCUGGCACUUGGGCAAGUGAUCAUCUUCUCUAACUCUUGUUGCCAUCCUGAGUGUUUUCUGUCAAUGUGAAUGAAUGACCAUCACACAGGCCUCACACUCUGAUCCCCUCAACUCCAGUGAUCAACACCCUAUCAUCCCAUGGAUCUUGGCAUCAUCUCCUCGGUCUGACCUUGAAUUCAAGCAUCCCACUCUCAUUCAUGAGUCUUCACAACUCUGUCAUUCAUAGGGUCCCUAAUAGCACACCUCCACACAGUAGGCAUACAUGUGGUAUUUCUUAAUGGGCAGUAUUUGUACAUCAAAAGUAUAGUCCUUUGACUUCCCCAUUAUCUCCCAACCCAUCAAUCUUCUGCCUCAGUUUUCUUCCAUCCCUAACCAGCUUGGGUCCUAUGGUCUGCCUCUUAAGUUACUGUCUAUACAUCAACUAUGAGACAAACACCAAGUGACCCAGUGGUAAAAAGUCUUCAAAAGACUUUAUUCACACAUUUGCUGCCUUUGUUCUCUUGUUCUUUCAUCAUAACCACCCAAUGAGAUCCAAACCCUAAAUAAUUCAUACCUCCAUUUUUGUUGAGACCUACUACAGGUUGUAGAUCACUACUUAAAAUGAUGAUGAUCUAUAUUCAUCUGCUUCCAUACGCCUAAAUCCUGUUCAAUAGUCAUGUUCUAUUUUCUGGUACCUUAUCCCACCCCACCCUCUUGGACUACUUCUGUAAAUUCUUGACUCUUCCAUCUACCUUCUGGCCCUCUCUAUUGGUUUUGGUGUCAUAGUCUUUACAAUAUGCUUAAGACUUUCCUAAUCCAAGAAAACUGUCCCUUGUUCCCAUGUUUACCCCUAGUUGCCCCGCCCCCCUUCUGUCCCUCCAUUCUUACACAGAUAAUUCAAAAUGAAUCUGUACUUACACUCUAGAACUCUUUAUCUUUGCAUUCUGCUUUUGGCUUCCCCCCCUUUGUAUUUUUUUCAAGCUAUUAUCCUCGGGUUUGCCAUGCUUUCCUAGGCUUCCCCCCCACUUAAGAAAUACCUGCCUUUUAGCCUGAAGCUGGACCCCACAUUCCCAAAAGAGCUAUGCUGAUCUCUAGCUUUUCUACAAACCCAAAGUGUCACUCACAAUUACCUAAGCAAAUUAAAAGAAAAAAACUCCAAUUCAUUUUGCAAAUUUAAUAACUCUAAUACCAAAAUAUGACAGCACACAGAAAGCAAACAAGAAAGCAAGAACAGCGAACAGAUUUUUUUCAAAGCAUGUCACCCUCAGCUGAUUGGUAGUAGCUGCUUAGGAUUGCUGUGUGGACAAAGAUUCCAAGGCUGUACCUUGGCUCCAUGGGAAAGACUGCUGCAAUUUAUUAGUGGUGUCUGUAAACAUGGGGAAUAAACCUGAAAACGAAACACCAAAAACAUUUUAGGACCAAAUAUACUGUUUUCUCAUACUUCCUUCAUUGCCUUCAUCUUCCCACUCAGCCCCCCUCCCUCAUGGUUUCUUCUAAAUAUAAUAUCCCAAAUAUUAUACCCAACCCCAUGGACUCUGGCUAUGGAAAUAUGGCAUUCACCUGAAACUUCAUUAGCCGUAGGAGAAGCCACAGGCACCAAGGCUAUUAGGUCCACCACCAAAGCCAGAACCGGUGCUCGGUCCACCGCCGAAUCCAGCACUGCUGCUUGGUCCACCACCGAAGCCAGCACUGCUGCUUGGUCCACCGAAGCCUGUACUGGUGCCCAGUCCACCACCGAAGCCAGCUCCGGUGCUCGGUCCGCCAAAGCCAGCUCCAGUGCUCAGUCCACCACCAAAGCCACCAGUGCUUGGCCCACUGCAGAAGCCAGCACCAGUGCUCGGUCCACUAUUGAAGCCAACAAUAGAAGUGGGUCCACUAUUGAAGCUGGUGCCGGUGCUGGGUUCGCCAGUAAAGCCAGUGCUGGUGUUGGAACCACUGCCAAAGCCAAUGAUGGUACUCAGUCCUCUGUCAAAGCUGGCAUUAGGCCCACCGCCAAAGCCAUCGCUGGUGCUGAGGCCACCACUAAAACCCACACCAGUGCCAAGUGUGCCGCCAAAACCAGCAUUGGUACCCAGUGCACUACCAAAGCCAUCACUGGUGACUAGUUCGCCACCAAAGCCAGUGCUGGUACCCAGUCCGCCACUGAAGCCAGCACUGGUACCUAAUCCACCACCAAAGCCAGUGCCGGUGCCUAGUCCACCAUCAAAGUCAGUGCCAGUGCCUAGUCCGCCACCGAAGCCAGUGCUGGUGCUUAGUCCGCCACCAAAGUCAGCACUGGUACCUAGGCCACCAUCGAAGCCGGAGCCACUGCCUAGGCCGCCACCGAAGCCAGUACUGGUGCCUAGGUUGCCACCGAAGCCAGCACUGGUGCUCAGUCCACCUCCAAAUCCAGCACUGGUGCUUAACCCAUUACCAAAGCUGAAACCGGCACUGGUGCUGAGUCCAUCACUAAAACUGGCACUGGUGGCACCACUAAAGCAGGCACUGGUGCUAGGAGAGCCACCAAAGCAUAGGUUGGUGUUAGAUGCACUGCCAAAGCAGAGGCUGGUGCUGGGAGCUCCACCAAAACAGAGGCUGGUGCUGUGAGCACCACCAAAGCUGACGCUGGUGCUGGGAGCACUGCCAAAGCCAAUGCUGUUGCUGUGAGUACUGCCAAAGUCAGUAGUGGUACUAAGUGCCCCACUGAAGCCAGCACUGGUGCUGAAUGCACCACCAAAGCCAGGGUUGGUGCUUGGUGCACCACUGAAGCCAGCACUAGUACUGACAGCACCAUCAAAGCCAGCACUGGUACUCAUGGCAUUGCCAAAGCCGGCACUGCUGCUGAGUGCACCUCCAAAGCCGGCACUGGUGCUGAUGACACUGCCAAAGCCGGCACUGCUAUUGAGUGUACUGCCAAAGCCAGUAUUGGUGCUGAUGGCACCACCAAAGCCAGCACUGGUGCCAAUGGCACUGCUGAAGCUGGCAUUGCUGUUGAGUGCACCACCGAAGCUGGAGCUGGUGCUGAUGGCACUGCCAAAGCCAGCACUGCUGUUAAGUGCACUGCCAAAGUUGGCACUGGUGCUGAUGGCAUCACCAAAGCCGGCACUGGUGCUGAUGGCACCGCCAAAGCCAGCACUGCUAUUAAGUGCACCACCAAAGCUGGCACUGGUACUAGGAGAGCCACCAAAGCAGACACUGGUGCUUAGUGUACCUCCAAAGUCAGGACUGGUGAUAGAAGAGCCACCAAAGGAGACACUGGUGCUUAGUGUACCACCAAAACCAGUGCUGGUGCUAGGAGAGCCACCGAAACAGAUACUAGUACUGAGUGUGCCACCAAAGCUGGAACCAGAACUUGGAGAGCCACCAAAACAUACACUGGUGCUAAGUGUGCCUCCAAAGCCAGUGCUGGUGCUAAGUGCGCCAGUGAAGACAGUGCUUGUGGUGGGUGUACUGCCAAAGCUGGUGCUAGUGCUAAGUGCACUGCUAAAGCCAGCUGUGGUGCUGCUGAGCGUGCCUCCAAAGCCAGAGCUGGCUCCACCACUGAAACUGGCACUUGUACAAGGUGCACCACCAAAACUGAUGCUGGCUCCACCACUGUAACUAGUGCCGGUGCCAGGUGCACCACCAAAGCUAAUGCUGGCUCCCCCACUAAAGCUGGUGCCGAUGCUGGGUGCACCACCAAAGCUAAUGCAGGCUCCUCCACUAAAGCUGGUGCUUGUGCUGGGUGCACCACCAAAACUAAUGCUGGCUGUGCUGCUGAAACUAGUGCUAGUGCUGGGUGCACCACCAAAGCUAAUGCUGGCUCCUCCACUGAAACUAGUAAUAGUGUUAGGUGUGCCACCAAAGCUAAUGCUGGCUGUGCUGCAGAAGCUGGCACUGGUACUGGGUGCACCACCAAAGCUAAUGCUGGCUCCACCGCUGAAACUAGUGUUAGUGCUGGGUGCACCACCAAAGCUAAUGCUGGCUGCACUGCUGAAACUGGCACUGGUACUGGAUGUGCCACCAAAGCUAAUGCUGGCUGCAUUGCUGAAGCUAGCACUGGUGCUAGGUGCACCUCCGAAGGUAAUACCAGCUCCACCACCAAAGCCAUCACUGGGGCCGGGUGCACCAUUAAAGCUAACACUAGCACCAUCACUGAAACCACCCCUGGUGCUAGUUCCUCGGUUGAAGUUGACAUUGGUGGUGGCAUCUGCAUUUUCUUGGGCUCUCGCCUCAAUUUCAAAUGAAAAUCUGCUCCAGGCCUGAGCAUCAUCACCUAAUUCUUCCCUUGUUAGGCAGUCGAUAUCCAUGUCAUCCCAAUUCCAAGGCCCAGCCACAGCUUCCUCUCCAAUCCCCAUUUGGGCUCUUGCCUCAGCCCUGGCCUCAGCCUCAGCCACAGCCACAGCUGCAGCUUGGACUUCCAUCUCCACUGCCUCCCGAUACUGAGCAGCCCAGUCUUUGGGGUCUUUCUUCUGCACCUUAAAUGGAAAUAAUAAUUAUUAUAAAGAAAAGAACCUUUGUAAUGAUAUGUGAAGCACCUACUAAGAACUUUGGAUAAAAUUAAGAGCAUUAAUUUUUUAAAAUUCUUAUUAAGGCUCUGUCAUGGGUCAGUCCUGGGAUCUAAUUUCAGCUCUGAUAACUUAGGAACAAUAAAAUUAUGGACAAGUUA